CACACUUUAUAGCUGCUUUCAGUGGACGUUUGAGAUGUGUAUUUGAAAAGUUAAUAACAGAGAGCUAGCAAGAAAGCUAGAUUCUUUUGCACGCCAGUCGCCGAGUAGCAUGACGUCUCCGCCGUGCCCCACGGUACCUCUGGCGAAUGGUCUGCAAAUUCCCAUACUCGGAUUAGGCACGUCUCACGACGGUGGGUAUUCCCACGAUGCCGUGCUGUAUGCCCUGCGGGAGUGUGGCGUCCGGCAUAUCGACACGGCGCGGCGGUACGGGUGCGAGGCCCAGCUGGGCGUGGCCGUGCGCGAGAGCGCCAUCCCGCGGGAGGACCUGUGGAUCACCACCAAGCUGUGGCCCGGGGACUACGGAGGCCUGGCCGCCAAACAGGCCUGCCACGCCUCCCGCACCCGCCUGGGGGUGGAGUACCUGGACCUGUUCCUGAUGCACUGGCCGGACAGCAUGGUUGCCGGGCGGUCUAACCGUGAGGUCCGGGCGGAAACAUGGAGAGCGCUAGAAGAACUGUACGAUGACGGUGUGUGUCGGGCGAUCGGAGUGAGUAACUUUCUCAUACCUCACCUGGAGGAGCUGAAGGAGGACUGUGGCAUUAUUCCCCAUGUCAACCAGGUGGAGUUCCACCCCUUCCAGCAGCCCUGGGGGCUGGUGCAGUACUGUCGGGACCAGGGCAUCGUCUUCCAGGGCUACUGCCCCCUGGCUAAGGGGGAGGCCCUCUCCCACCCCCAAAUCCAGCGCCUGGCAGCCAAGUACGGACGCACCCCCGCCCAGAUCUGCAUCCGCUGGAGCAUACAGAACGGCAUCGUAACCAUCCCAAAGUCCACCAAGAAGGACAGGAUCAAGGAGAACUGCCAGGUGUUUGCGUUCUGCCUGGAGCCGGAUGACGCGGCGGCACUAACCGCACUGCAUGAUGGGAGACACGUGGGAUGGGACCCCACGCAUGUGAUGUGACACAGGUCUUUGGGUUCUCACUGCUGCAGGAAGACAUGGAUCAGGUCAGGAGUCUACACACUAACAGGAAGCUGAUCAACCUCACGUACCCUCUCUGGAAUGGAUAACCACUGACCCAGAGACAGCCAAUCACCUGGCAGAGGGGAUAACCACUGACCCAGAGACAGCCAAUCACCUGGCAGAGGGAUUAACCCCUGACCCAGAGACAACCAGUCACCUGCCAGGACAACCUAGAAACAGCGUCGUCUCUGCUGCUGGUAAACCUGCUUUUCAGGGACGGCAGUCCCCCCCCUCCCCCCCACCCCACCCCCCAAACCUCACUGCUCCAUUUUAUAGUCAUUUGUUUUCGAGAGUGAGGAGAGUUUUUAUAAAAUACCGGAAUAUUCCACAUCUGUUAGUGAGUCGUUUCACCAAUAACGUAUGAGAACGAUACGUAUGAGGACGUAAAGGGAGAGAUCUCUGAAAAAACCAGACACACCGACCACGGGCAGCUCAGCUCAGCGGGAAGCUCGGUGUCAGGGCAACUCUGUCAGUUUGCACAAGGUCAGAUGAGAUGAAGCGUACGAAAGCCAGGGCGUGGAAUACACGUAAUUGGAGUUUUAACGCUGAAAAUGUUGCUUUGUUGGUUUUUUUAUAUUCAUUGUGAGUGAUCUCGUCUGCGAAGGCUGUUACACAUGUUUAACUGUUGAUCUAUUUAUGGAGCUGCAUGUUUUACCAGGAGUUAUUCUGAUCCAGUGGCCUUUGCGUGAGUGUAUGAUGUGGUGAGAAUGUACCAGCCGGGGUUCGAGCCUGAAACCCUCUGCUUACAAGACCAGGUAACUUCUGGGGUGGAUGUGAGUUCCAUUCAAAUUUGAUAGAGAAUAAUAUAAAUUAAAAAAAACCUCAGCAAGACAAUGCCUGCAUUUUCCAAUUCUGAAAAUUUGAAUUGCAAUUGGUUUCAUGAAUCAAAAUGGAUUUUACGUGUAGUACCUGUGCUGCACCUGCAGUUGACCUUUGACCUCUGUGCCUUUGUGAGAGUGCGCUGUGUGGAAAUGAAUUGACGCUGCUCUCAGGGGUGAAACGCGACAGAUAUUUUCUGUGUGCUUUGUUACUGUAGCUUUUAUAAAAAUAAAACGGUACAUGAAAUCACUUCAACAAAA